GCGAAAAGGGGGAAGAAAGAGAGAGUGCGGGACGGUGAAAGGUGGGGGAUGAUGAGUGAAUGGGCCAGCCGGAUAGACUCAGUCCCUCGCCAGGACGAAAACCGUUCGUACCGUUCUUGUCAUCGCACCGAUAAUAUUUUACGUAAAACUGAAUAAAAUAAUAAUUGUUAAACAAAAAUGAAAACGAUGAAGGGCAAGUGUGUGACCGAAGACCUGCUCAAGACGUCGGACAUGGUGAACCCGUUCGUUCACCACUUGGAACUGACGACCACUUACGAAAAGCUCAAGACUGGCAUAUUGACAGUUAUGAUUCUGCCAACGAGGCUCGUGAUGAUCGUGGCCCUCUGUGUCUUUGCGUGGCUCCUGGCCGUCGUAGGUCUCCUGGGGCUCCCGGAAGAUGAAAUCGUCGUCAAGCCCUUCACGGGAUGGAGGAGAAAGCUGAAAAGGAUUCUUGCAAAUAUCAUGUGCUUGGCGUGCGCCUGUGGCGGCAUGAGCAUAGUCGUCAAGGGGAAGCAAGCAGACAGGAGCGAAGCACCGAUACUAGUCAUAGCGCCGCAUUCGUCCUUCCUCGAUGCCGUUAUACUCUACGUGACAGGCUUUCCGACAGUCAUAUGCCGAAAGGAGAGUGGCACAAACCCCUGGCUUGGGAAGAUACUCGCAUAUUCACAACCGAUCAUGGUCUCGAGGGAGGAUCACGACUCGAGGCAGAAGACAAUCCAGCAAAUAAUUGAAAGGGUCAAAUCCAAAGACUUUACUUCUCAGGUGUUAAUAUUUCCCGAAGGGACUUGCACAAAUAGGUCCUGUCUCAUCACAUUCAAGCCAGGAGCUUUCUAUCCUGGACUGCCGGUCCAACCUGUCCUCAUGAGGUACCCAAACAAACUGGACACGGUGACCUGGACUUGGGAAGGACCCGGAAUAUACAAACUCCUCUGGCUGACCCUAGUACAAACGCAGUUCACUUGCGAAAUAGAAUUCCUACCGGUUUACAAGCCGUCCGAGGCAGAGAAGAAAGACCCGAAACUCUAUGCCGACAAUGUGAGGCAGCACAUGGCAAAAAUUCUUGGAGUUCCAACUAUGGAUUAUACAUACAAUGAUUGCAAACUCGUCUCAAAGGCAAAGAGGUUAAGCUAUUCAAAAAACUCCCCGCUGCUUUCCGCACACCAGAUCAGAAUCAAGCUCGGUCUGUCGAGGAACCAAAUAGAGGAAAAACUGCUGAACAAAGACCCCAGCCUGCUUCAAGGAGGUCAGCUUUUAGUGAACUACCCGCAAUUCUGCCAGCUGCUCGACCUCAACAUGAAAGACCCUAUGGCGAAGGAUUUAUUCAAACUUUUCGAAAGGGACAGCACGGAUUAUAUAGACAUGAAAGAAUAUUUAUUGAGUAUUGUCUUGGUGAAUAAAUCGGACACGAAAAGAGAAAUGAUAUCUCAAGCUUUUAAGCUUUGUGGAGGAUCGUUGACGAAAUACGAUCUCAUCGUUCUUUUGGGGCUGAUAACGCAGUUGGAUGAAAAUGACAUCCUGAGGAUUUUCGACGAGAUCGACGUUCAGCAUAAAGGAAGUAUAACUGAAGAACAGUUCGAAGAGUACGCUAGCAACAGUGGAGAAUUUGAUUCGAUUUUUGGAAGAUCGCUGCGGAGGCUGAGCUUUCCAAAAGACAAUGAUGACAAGUGUAAAUGAUUAUUAAACAUUUCCUGUCAAUGUCACGAUGCUUUAAUUUUAUGUAAAAGGCAUUCGAACUUUUUUUUUUCUUUCGAAUAAUGGUAUUAUUUUUUAAUUGAAAAU